GUUAGCUGUGCAGCCGUCCCGCUUUAAUAUGGGAUCUUACCAGCAGAACGGCACCCCUCACUACCCUCCCCCUAGUGGCCACUAUCCCAGCACAUCAACCUGGGGGUAUGAACUUUUUGAUCGGAAUCCUGAGAUUCCUGAAACUGAAGGGCGACCUGCCGUGCACAGCUUAUACGAUUACGAGAAUUGGUAUUCUGCCUACAGUGGAGAUUUCCUUGAGCCGAACAUGACCGCACCCAGUACCAGCAGCGCCGUCGAGCAAGAAGGCGGGGGCCAGCCUGAGGAAGUCACCUACAACACUACUGACCUCGAUAACUCGCAACGGAAUUAUAGUGCCGUUCCGCCUUACUACCAAAAUGAAAACAUACAAUUGGUUCCCAACUACGCUGUAGCACAAGCGCAGUACGAAAAUGACGGCCAAACCGCGGGGCCAAGCUAUACUGUAAUGCCGGGACCAUCGCGCCACCAAGAUGAAAACCCAAUCGCGGGGCCAAGCUAUACUGUAAUGCCGGGACCAUCGCGCCACCAAGAUGAAAGCCCAAUGGCGGGGCCAAGCUAUGCUGUAAUGCCGGGACCAUCGCGCCACCAAGAUGAAAGCCCAAUCGCGGGGCCAAGCUAUACUGUAAUGCCGGGACCAUCGCGCCACAAAGAUGAAAGCCCAAUCGCGGGGCCAAGCUAUGCUGUAAUGCCGGGACCACCGCGCCACCAAGAUGAAAGCCCAAUCGCGGGGCCAAGCUAUACUGUAAUGCCGGGACCAUCGCGCCACCAAGAUGAAAGCCCAAUCGCGGGGCCAAGCUAUGCUGUAAUGCCGGGACCAUCGCGCCACCAAGAUGAAAGCCCAACCGCGGGGCCAAGCUAUGUUGUAAUGCCGGGACCAUCGCGCCACCAAGAUGAAAAUGCAAACGUGGUGCCAAGCUAUGCUGUAAAGCCGGGACAUUCGCGCCACCAAAAUGAAAGCCCAAACGCGGGGCCAAGCUAUGUAAUGCCAGGACAUUCGCGCCACCAAAAUGAAAGCGCACACGCGGGACCAAGCUAUGCUGCAAUGCCGGGACCGUCGCGUUUUCAAAAUGAAAGGGCAAACUUGGGGCCAAACUAUGCUGUGGUUCCUUCACAAUCUCAUUACCUAAAUGAAAGCGCAAACGUGUGGCCGAGCUAUGCUGUAGUUCUGCCACAAUCGCACCACCGAAACGAAAGCGGAAACGUCGGCCCUAGCUAUGCUGUUGUUCAGCCGCAACCGCGCCACCAAAAUAAAAGCGCGAACUUGGGGCCAAACUAUGCUGGGUUUGCGUCACAAUCGCACCACCAAAACGAAAGAGCAAACUUGGGGACCAACUACCCUCAAGUACCGGCACAAUAUCAGCACCAAAAUGAAAGCGCAAACUUUGGGCUGAGCAAUGCUGUAGUUCCAACUCAACCGCAGCACGGAAAUAAAACUGAAAACUUGGAGGGGAGCUAUGCUGUGGUUCCAGAACAACAGCGCGACGAAAAUGAAAGCGCCAACUUUUCGCUGAAGGAUGCUGUUGUUCCGGCUCAAUCCCAGUACGAAAAUAUAAGCGCAAACUUGGGGCAGGGUUGUGCUGAAGUUCCAGAACAAGAGGGGUGCGAAAAUGAAACAUCAAACACGGGGUCGAGCUGUGGCGAAGUUCCAGAACAGGAAAAUGAAAAAAACUUACUGCCGUUCGGUGAUGAGAUGCCACUCUCAAUCCACUUCGGGGAGGCCAUCGCAAGCAAUAUACCACAGAGCGAUGGCGGGAUUGCAGUGAAGACAAUUAAAUUUGGAAGGGGCCUCAAAGAGAAUAAACUACAAUCGUGCGAUGAUGGGAUUCCAGUGAAAUCAAUCCACUUCGGCGAAGACGAUAACGCGAAUAACGGGUCUGGGCCAUGUGACUCUAGCGUUCCGCUGGAAUGCAUUAGCUUGCGUGAGGACGAAAACGCGAAUAACAGCUCGGGGCCGAGCGUUGGAAAUUUGAUCCAAGAAAAACCCCAAGACGAAACUGAGAAAACUGAUGCAAAGGACGAUGAGAAACGCAACGAGCCUUCCUUCUCCGAACUGCUGAAGUCAAUCAAGUCCUCAAACCCGAGGAAGCGUAAGGCCGAGUCUGGAGAGCCGUCGUCCAGCGACAAACAAGAAGAUUAAGUCUCCAACCUUCGAGGUUAUGAUGCCAAUCAUCAUUGCGUAAAACUAAUUUCGGAAGUACUGUUUUAAUUCAGUAAUUUAUUGUGGAAUAUGUUUGGGGGAGUGUCACAAAUGUGACCGGGCU